AGCAGCGCCACCUGGCGGCGCGUCCCCUCGCUGCCGGGCAGGCCGCGUCCCCCUGCCGGCGUCGGGCCGGGAGAACCGGAGGGCGCCAGGCGGGGGAGGACCGGAGGGUACCGGGCCGGGAGAACCGGAGGGCGCCAGGCGGGGGAGGACCGGAGGCUGCAGAUCCAGAGGAGGAGGAGGAGUUGCUCAGAGGAUCGGAGAGGAAGGCUUGGCUUGACCACAGCAACUCUGAAAGUCAACUGUUUUGGAAAUGAUGCAACUCCUCCCUUGGGAAUGAAGGAAGCAAAAGGCGGAGGGGCUAGGGGGUUUGUCAACCCCCCUUGACUUUGGAGUCACCCUAAUCCCAGAGAAGAGCUUUUAGCAAACGGAGCUGCUCACACUGCCCUGUCUUCAGCCUCUGCACCAAGGAUGCAACCUGGAGUCCUGCUGGCAGCCAGCACCCUGGCAGCAGUGUUGGGCAUGGCCCUGCUGGAGGAUGGAGUGUGUAGGGCACCGGAUGGCAAGAACGGCUCCCCUGGAGUCCCUGGCCGUGAUGGGAGGCCAGGGCAGAAAGGUGACGUGGGAGAGCCAGGGAGACCAGCGCUGAGCCCGAGCAUCAAGGGAUCCAAAGGGGAUGCAGGCGAACCAGGGCCUCCUGGCAAACCAGGCAUGCGUGGCCUACCUGGCAUUCCUGGCCUCGGGGGGAUGCCAGGGGUGCCAGGUCCACCAGGGCAGAAAGGGCAAGCUGGCGAUGUUUUGGAGCACCCACAUCCUGCCUUCUCCGCCUCCAGGCUGUCCCCGCCACGUGCAGGCACCACGGUGGUGUUUGACAGGAUCAUCACCAACCAGGAGAACUCCUACAGCCCCCAGACCGGGAAGUUCACCUGCCACAUUCCUGGCCUCUACUACUUCACCUUCCAGGUGGUGUCCAGCGGAGACCUGUGUCUGAGCAUCACCAAGAAUGGGCUGGGCGUGGUCAGCUUUUGUGACAACAACAGCCAUGGCAUCCUGCAGGUGAACUCGGGCAGCAGCGUGCUCAGCCUGGCCACGGGUGACCAGGUGUCCCUGACCACCAACCCCACCCAGAGCGGCUCCAUUUACAGCGGCUCCGAGGCCGACAGCGUCUUCAGCGGGUUCCUGGUGUCCCCAGAGACGGCCUGAGGGACUCCCACAGCGUCAAGGGGUGUCUGCCUGCCUGGCUGCUCCCCUCUGGGUGUGUGGGAUGCUUUAGUGCCACAGCACGUGGGGAUCGUUCCAAAUUGAGCAGCCAGAAGUGUUCUGUGCUUGCACCGGUGUCACAGCUGGUCAAGCUGUGGGUCACCACUGCAGCACUCGCCUCCAUGCUGAGCCUGCCUGCACUGUCCUGGAGGCUGUGGACUCUCAUCCCUUUCUCCUCCUGGGCACUCAAGCUCCACUCCCAGUUGUCACCAGCUGUGGCUCUUUGCUCCUGAGUGGGAAGUCACUGCCUGCCGCUGCUUCUGCUCCACUAACACUGCAAAAGCCUUCCUGGCACUGGCACACAUCCUGUCACAACCUCCCCAUAAGUAUAAAUAAAUACUUCUACCACUA